AUGUUCUCUUACCCACAUCUCCAAUCGCCCACCCUCUAUCCUCUCUCGCAGCCUUGGCAGAGCGACAAAUACCCGCUAACAAUCCUCUCCUCCGUGCAAUCAACUACUGGCGUUGUAGUCGUUGGCGACAUCCUACCGGCUGCAGAAGGCAGCACGCACUCUCUCCGCUACCUGCGGGCAUCCCAUUCGCUCAUAGGUGGUGUCUGGUUGGACGACAAGGUCGUAACCCUCGACGGCGCUGCAUCGCUUGCUGUAGAUAAAUCAGGGACUCCUCUUGGAGAUCCAAUUUAUAGCGCUUUUGUUCUUCAAGAGGCGGCGCGCCUGGUAUCUAGUACCCCUCAAGGAAAGAGCGGAGAUCUCAGUGGUUUGGGUGCUGGUACUUCUGCCUCAGCUCUCGUUCAACACGGCAUAUCAACAACGAUAGUUGAGAUUGAUCCUGCGGUAUAUGAUGCUGCUCGUCAAUACUUUGGUCUCCCGGAACUUGCCAAAGGUCACGUAUUCUUAGAGGACGCCCGUAACUGGGCUCAGGAGAGACGUCGCCUUGCGAUGCCUGACCCUGCAACUGAAGUCGCUCCGGUGGAGGUGGACAUCUUCGACAUUAUCAUUCAUGACUGUUUCUCCGGCGGCAGUGUGCCUGAACACCUUUACUCGCUGCAGUUCUGGGAAGACCUGAAAGUUUCCCUUGACCCUGAAGGCGUCGUCGCCGUCAACUUUGCGGGUUCACUGGCCUCUGAUGCUUCGAAGGGAGUAGCGACUACCCUUAUGAAGGCAUUCGGACAAUGUCGAGCGUUCCAUGACUCUCUCACACUGCCACUUACACAGGAGCAAUAUGAAUCAGAGUUCAUGAACAUAGUGUUUUUCUGCUCGCCAUCUGCUCGCCCCCUGGAAUUCAGACUGGCCCGCAACGAUGAUUACUUGAACUCACACCUUCGCGCGCGGAUCUUAUCAACGCUUGCGAUGAGGGAAGUGAGCAUGGACGAAAUCCGUGGCUCGGAGGUUUGGACUGAAGAGCAAGAGCAACAAUACUUAAUCACUGACUUUGCUAACAAACUGGGCGAUUGGCAACAGGGAGGGGCGUUCGACCACUGGAAACUCAUGCGUGAAGUCUUACCCGACGCUGUAUGGGAAGCGUACUGA